AGAGGCUACCCGCAUGGAGCGCGACUUUCGUUCGGCGCCGAGCGACCGACGGGAGACUUCGGGCGUCCCGGCGUCCGCCCCUCCCCCGCCAGGCAUCGCGUCGCUGGUGACCGGCGUGGGGGGCAGCAGCGGCGAGCCUCCGUCCCGGCCGACUGCGUACUGGGACGACCCCCACUUCAGGCCCCGCUUCGACAACAGCACCGAACGGAACGUCACCGCACAGCUGGGAAAGUCCGCCUUCCUGCACUGCAAGAUCCGACAGCUGGGCGACAGAACGGUGUCGUGGGUCCGGCAACGCGACUUGCACAUCCUGACGGUGGGCACGUACACGUACACUUCCGACCAGCGCUUCCACUCGAUCCACCUGGAAGGAUCCGAAGAUUGGACGCUCGAGAUCCGCUACACGCAGAAGUGGGACGCCGGCGUCUACGAAUGCCAGGUCUCCACCGAGCCCAAAAUGAGCCUCAACAUCUCGCUCUCGGUGGUCGUGGCGAAGGCGCGCAUUCCGGAGGGCAGCAACUUGUACAUCCAGAGCGGCAACACCAUCAACCUGACGUGCGUGGUGACAGACACGCGGACACCUCCCGUGUACGUCUUCUGGUACCACGACGACCGCAUGAUCAACUACGACUCGAGCCGUCGGGAGGGCAUCCGCGUCGUCACCGAGGAUGGUCCCGCCACCACCGUCUCCAGGCUGCAGGUCCUUGAUGCAGCCACACGGGACUCGGGAAACUACUCGUGCAUACCAUCUUACGCAGAUCCUGCAAACAUCACGGUCCAUGUACUCAAUGGAGAAAAACCGGCCGCCAUGCAGCAUGGACGCCAGGGCAACCUCGCCGAGCGGUCGCUGUCAUCGCUGAUGCUGGUGUCGGCAGUGCUGCUUUUGCACCGGCUCUUUUCUCACUUCGUGGUGCACAGAUAGUGUGGCGGACGGAGGGACAUUCGCCUUUCGACAGCGUCGCCGAAAACCAUCCAGCUUAGCGCUGCCGCGGCAUCGAAGCAGCGAGGAAUACGCGACCGACGUGACGCACUCCAGGAUCGACUGAUCUAUUCCCGACACCGCCUCUGUGCCGGCGGACAGGCUUCCUCAGUCAACGCCUUCGAUUGUUUUGCCCGUGUUUAUGUUUAAGCGCUCCUCCUGGAUCUCGUCACAAAGGAGCCGUUCCGUGGAAGGAAAAAAAAGACCUCGAGAAGAAGGCGGCAGGCUACGUAUCGUCGGCUAUUUUCGUCGCGUCUCCACAUCCCCAUUAACGCGACCAGCCGCCGCUUUACCAUUCCUCGGACAGGCCUGAAAACUGGCCUUUAUGUCCCUGGUCGUGUAGUGCCUACCCAACGCAGGAUAUCUUUUUUUUUUCAAUCCCAAUGUUACAAGGACAACAACGUACCAACAUACAGUGAGACAUCGUCGAAUAUACGUAAAAAACUGCACAGACGCAAAACGUCCGUGCGUAAACUUUGGAAAGGCCUUCCAGUUACGUAACCAAACGGAACGAGUGUCUUGUCACAAUAACUGGACAUGUCGUGCAGCACGUUCCCCGUCAAAUAUCAUGAGCAGACUCAUCAUAAUAGAAACGUUUAGAAUCACUCCACGAAUAUUUAGUGAGAAACCCAUAAGUAAGACAGAGUGCUCUGGGAGUUUCCUCGAGCUUGGUGAGCCAUUGCGGUGCUGCAUUUGCGCAGAACGACGUGCGUAUUUUAUUACCAUUUUUAUGAAUAUUGUCACCUUAACGUCACUACUCACUUCCUCUUUGGUUAAAAAAAAAACGACCGAAUCAAUCAUACGCACAACUGUCGCGACAUGAGCCUUUGUUGCUAACGGCGGGGGCAUUGUCCCAAAUGUUCAAUGCGUAUGUAAGUCUUCCCAAUAUGUUCUAUUAUUUACUUGUCUGCUUUUCUGUUCAUCUCCUCCGAGGAACACAGCACUGAAAUGUUAUAGUAGGCACUGUCUUGUAAUUUUUUUAACGAAGGAAGAUGUCCAGAAGUAGCUUGUACGUGUCCUAGCUUUGAAGCACAAUUACUGACGUUCACGACCCAAGAGACGACCAGCAGAACCUUAUGGCUAGUGCGUAUGUCUUACUAAGCUCCUAAAUGCUGUGUGGCAUACGAUGGUGGCGGACGAAUUUAGCACAAGCACAUUGCGGUGAAAUCUAGUCGCUGCUUCCAUCUUUCUGCGCAAAAAGGACGAACGCGUGCUUCUUGAAGAGACCGAUCAGUCUCACCACCGAUGAAGCUGGCACAAAAUCUUUAGCCUUGUUAUACCUUCUUUAACGCGGUAUAACUAACGCGACACGGCACUUCAGAAAACGUUCAACAGUCGUUUCACAGCACUCCGAUUAAAACAAAGUUGCACGAAUUUUUCCAGCAACCCAAAGGCUUGCUUUCCACGUGCUUAACGUUUAAAUAACUUCAGCAAAAGGCAUAGAAUGAAUUGUAGCGGGGCUCUAAAGCUUCCCGAAGCUAUCGAUUCGCGGUAGAUUCUUUCGCCUUCAUUAACGCUGUCUAGUUGUGGUGAACUACAGUAGCCGGUUGUCAAGAUCUCGUCACGUUUUAUGUCUGUGCACUCGUUUCCCGGUGUUCGAAGAUAUCGCGCUUUGCAUUUACAGUUGUAAGCAGCAUCUUUCUCGCCAGAAAGUACUGACAGUAUGUAAACUUUGCUCCCAACCACACUUCGUACAGGCUUGCCAUGUAAAGACCGUUUUGUGACGUUCCUUCCUUAGGUGACCUUCAUAACAGGUGACUUUAUUAUUUAACAGUAAAAGGUUCGUUCCGCCCUCCGCACCCUCGAAACCCCACAAGCACUUUAGGCUUCACGGGCACAGAUUGCAUUUUUCGCCAACCCCAACCUGCCUACCAAACUAGUCGCGUUCCCCGUUUCCAAAAGAAAGAAAGUUCUACUUCUGGAUCGGCCAGCGGUACUCAUCGUGACUGGGUAUACACAACUCGGCUAAGUUCCCAAACUUUGCACCGCGAAAAUGUUUCUCUUGGUCGAUCGGCAGGCGGUGGCUCCAGCGCGAGGUCACCAGUCAAAGUGCAUGAUAAACGGCGGCGACGUGAAGCCGCUGCAUCGACAAAGACAACGCCCUUGCUUUGGACGAAUGCCGUCGUCGCCAAGGCUUCAGGUCAGAUGUGCGUGUGUGUGUGUGCGUGCGUAAAUGUGUUGUUGACACCUCAUCCUCUCUUCCACUGACUUCCUCUGAGACCAGCAACACCAAAGCAGAAGUUCACUGGUCAUACUGAAAUAGCGAACGACAGAGAACGGAAGUGAAGGCACGCGCCAGCGAUGCAGUGCCACUCAUGGACAAAUAAAAAGGGGCAAGCAGCCACUGUUUGAAUGAAGA